GUAUCUAGUCACACACACACACCAUAUGCAUUUCAGUUCACUGUGAUAUUUAAGUGUUCAGUGUCAGGUGUCAAUUAUCGCAACAAUCGAUACGACUCAAAAGGGCCGGUGUUGUCAUUAUGACAUUUGAAUGUUUAUCUGACUGACUACCGUAAGUUUUUAAAUAAUUUACAAUGUGCAAAAUCAUAGUAGCCCAUGAGUAAUUUCCAAAAAAGGAUUAGCGGCUUAGGACCCGAUAUUUAUUUUUAUAAUUUCGUCAUUGGAUGUGACAGAUAUUAUAGAUAAGCGAAGUAUGGAACCGACACCUAAAACGCCCGAUUCCGACGUUCCUCAAUGGAAGAAGGAUUUGAUCGCCCGACUGCGAAACCAAAACAAGCGGAGCGGCUCACCGGCAGAACAACACGGGCAACAGCUGUCCAACAACGGCAACAGCCCCCCUCGCCAUUCGCCGCCGCGCUCCUCGUCUACGUCGGCUGCAGUCGUCCGUGGUGCGGGACAACAACCUAGCCUAACGUGCAACAGUAGUAACGAAGCGGUCGUCGCGUCAUCGUCUGCACAGAUCACCGAGAAAUGUAACGUGUAUCAAUCGCCAACGUGCUCGCCAGUUAAAUCGAAAAUGGUCCAAGACAAGCCCUGGUUCGAAAACGUGAUGGUGACCGAAAAGUACACCAACGGUCUGCACCGCAGGGACUCGGAUUCCGACUCAUCCGAGGACCUGAGCUACGGUCCCGGCAUCGUUAACAAGCUGAAGAACAAAUACCUGAGCCUUGCCCUUCGCGAGAAUGCGUCCCGUUCCAGACCUUCCAUCCUCAGGAAGGCCACCUCCUUGGAGAACAUGCUGGACGACGACGUUCCAAACGGCACCAGUUCGACGGAGAACCGUUUAUUCGCGUCCAGACUCAACGGUAGCAAUGACACCGCGAAGAAUGUGCCGAACCGGUACCGUAAUGCAGCACGCGGUCUUGAAAUGAAGAGAGCGCGAUCAGUCGAGGCCAUCUCGCUGUCCCAUCAUCACGACGACCACAUCCCUAGUGUGGAGGUGCGCCCGGAUCGCAAGUCGCUUCACGAGGACAUGCUUAUCACGGAAGGAAAUGACGAACCCUACAGGAAAAUGUACGAUAAGAUCAUCAAAACUGCGAACGAGAACAACAAAUACGCGAACGUCGGUCGCAUCAACAGGCCGAAACGAAUUGCGCCCAUCAUGAACGAUAAGGAGAAGCCACCCGCCGACGUGGUCAAGCAGAAGAAAAUGAUUUUCGAGAGGAGACCAGAGUCGCGGACCAAGGCUCCGAUUUCUACCGGUGAUGUGGCUGCCAAAGUCGACACCUACAAUAGCAUCAUAGGAAAAACGAAAUCGAGUAAGAAACCUCUUAUCAAGCACAAACCUGUACUUAAUAACGAGAAGAAACCCUCACCGCCAGUGAGUCGCGUUGCUAAACCCGUAAUUAUUAACAACGACGACCAAGUGAUAAACAAUAAAACUUCACCGAAAAAACUCGACGUCAACAAAGUGCCUAAACCUGCCUUGAAAGACAACAAAUUGCUCAGUCCCAUUCCGGACGUAUCUAGGAUAGAUCCAAGUAACAACAAGUCCGAAAAGGACAACGCCCUUUCGGAAACUCCAGACUUAAUUCUUACCCUCGUACCGACUUCACCCACCCACAAGAAAACCACGGAGAAAUUCAUCGAGAACGAAAUCCUAAACAACUCCACCAACGGACACUCAUUCUACCCUACAUCCCAGUCAAGCCCCAAACUCCCCGACGACGUUCCAGACAGCCCCGGCAUCAAAAGAGUAAGUCCAACCAGCCUAAACAACAUAACCAAAUCAGCCGAGACUGCCGUCUUCAACUUUGCCAAUACUCAAGUCGACCAAUCGCACCUCCCCGUCAACAAGAACGUCUCCAACAAGAAGACGCCACCAUCUCAACCACUACAAAUCGAAGUCAACGGCUUCUGCAAUCCGGAAGUCAGGAAAGCAUCACCCAAGCCAACUCCCAUCUCCAAAGACCUCCCAUCACCUAAGCUCUCGCCCAUACCAAAACUAGAAUCGAUUGCGCAAACACCAAAUCCGCCGCAGCCCAAAGUCAAUCUGACAACGACUGAAAUCGAAAAGAACCUCAAAAACACGGCGAAAACGCAGCAACAGGCGAAACCGGCCAGUGUGAGUGCUAUCAGUAAUGGCAGUGCGGAAGUGAGUAAAGUUGUGGUGCCGAAGGUGAAGAGAACAAAGGAACCGGUAUCCACUACCAGUGUGUUCAAUUUCACGAACCGAAAGGAUGUUCCCGAUUACAUUUCAAACGACAUGUCGCGGAACCCAGGACGGCCCGAGUUACCCAAGAGCGGUGAAGGUGGCAUCAUACUUAUACCCGGAGCCACCAUACUGGACGAUUUCGCAGACGAGGAGGAAGAGCUUCGGCUGCUGGAAGGUCCGCCUAGUCCGUGUGAUGUAGUUUUUAUCAACGACAACAUUCUAAUCAAUGGAAAAUCUAGUCUCAACUGUAAAAAGCAGAAGCGAAAGAAAUUGAACCUGUCGUUCGUGGACUCCCAGCCCGAAAUUUUCGAAUACGCUUCGGAAACGUCCCUUUUAUUAGAUGACAUUCCAUCACCGACGUCCAAUUCAACGUUGGGGCACACAGUUCCUAAUUUGGCAGGGUCGACAUUGGCUAAUUACACGCCAAAAAGCACUGAAGAUUUCCAGUUGGGUGUUACACGUCCCGCACCUAGCAUCCCUCAAACGAUAGACGCCGAGGAUCAGGAGAAAAAUGAAAUUAUGACCGAAGCCCAGGAACCCAUUGUUUUUAGCGCGGGUACUAAUUCGGACAUGCUUUUUUAAUCAUGCAUUCCAGUAUUGCGAUAUACAUUUUUCUAGUAUUAUGAGGUGUAUUAGUACAGUCAAAGAUUUAUUUUAGACCUGUCGUAAAUCCUUAACUGUGCUGUGUAAGAGGUAAUUAAUAAUAACAAUAACAAAUGUCUAAUAAAUAACGUUGGUUAUUGUUAUUUGGAAUUACAGUUCACUGUACUAUAUAUACAUUAUACUGUGGUAUUAGAUUAUUUUUUAUUUACUUUUUUGUUUUUGCCAAUUUGUAGUAUACUUUGAAAUGGAGCUAAUCGUACUGAAUAUAUUCCACAAUUGUAUUAUAUAUAUUUUAGAUUUAGGAAUUUAGUGUUUAGUUAAUGUUAAUUUAUAUAACUGUGAUUUGAAAUUAUUAAUGGACCAAUUUUGUAAAAUUCAAUCCAUUCAAUUUUAAGUGCAUGUUUUUGUAAAGAUACUUAUUAAGAACAGUUUAUUGCAUAUAUUAUUUUUACUUGCAUAAUGUAUUGUCUAAGCAGCCAAUUUAAAUGAUUAAAAGCUUAAAUUAUUUUCAUUGAACAAUUAUCAGAAAGUUGUUCUUAAUAAGCUCUAAUGUUAAGUAAAAUAGGAUUAAUUCUGUGACAGUAUGCCUCUAAAAACUUAUUCUUAGUAUGUAUUGUCAAUUGUAUAACUUGUUUUUUUAUAAUAUACAGUAUUGAAUAUUUAAGCUGAA